AUGAACGUGCUGGUGUAUAACGGUCCAGGAUCUACCCCCGAGUCAGUCAAGCAUGCCACCGAGUCUCUGCGAAAGUUGCUGUCUCCUUACUACUCUGUUCACAAUGUCGACGCCGAGGUGAUCAAGAACGAACCCUGGACUGAGAGCACCGCACUGCUGGUGAUGCCCGGAGGAGCCGAUCUGCCCUACUGUUCGGACCUAGGUGGACCAGGAAACAAGUUGAUUCGAAAUUGGAUUCGAGCUGGAGGCAAGUACCUUGGUUUCUGUGCUGGAGGAUACUAUGGAGCCCAAAGGGUUGAGUUUGAAGAGGGAACUGAUCUUGAGGUCAUAGGAGACAGAGAACUGUCACUCUACGGAGGAAAGUGUGUCGGAUCUGCAUACAAGGGCUUUGUCUACGAUUCUCAUGCUGGUGCUCGAGCUGUGGGGGUGAACUGGAAGGGUAGCCCCUUCAAGUGCUACUUCAAUGGGGGAGGAGUAUUCGUUCCUGGUAAGGACAUGGAUACUGAAAACACUGAGGUGGUGGCAGAGUACUCUCAGGACACGGAGGUGCCGAACUCUGGACGCAGCGCCGUGGUCAAGAUGAACGUUGGCGAAGGAAGAGCUGUGCUCAGUGGAAUCCACCCCGAGUUUAAUCCCAGCAUGAUGAAGAAGGGAGAUCAGCAUAUUGAUGCUGUUAUUGAAGAGCUGGAGAACUUUGAGAAAGAACGAUUGGCCUUUCUGAGACACCUGAUGACUCUUCUGGGUCUCAAGACGAACCCUGACACUACAGACAUGACCCUGACCAGUCUGUAUGUCACCGGAAACGGAGUCGCGAAGCUUCUGAAGGAUCUUGAUGUCUCAGAAGAGAACCGAGUAUUCUCCGCACCCAAUGAUACCUUCUUCUUUGGCGAGAAGCCUUCUGGCGACUCUAACCACACCCAUGUCAUCCCUAUGGUUGGUGAUGUUCCUGCAUCUGAACUGACACCCCAUUUCGACCACAAGCUUUACUACCAGAGCCUGCGGGCUCCUGAGCUUGGCUCCACCCUGCUCUAUGGAGAAGUCCUCACCUCAACUUCUACUCUGUUGGACAAGAACUACAAUCUGCUGCGACAUCUUCCUAACGGUUUUACUGCUGUAGGUACUGUUCAGCUCUCCGGUCGAGGCCGUGGAAAUAACGUAUGGGUGAACCCCAUCGGCGUGCUUGCUGUUUCUACUGUUCUAAGAAUCAACUUCAACCCCUUUGGCCAGAACACUAGCAUCAUCUUUGUUCAGUACCUCGCCUCUCUUGCUAUGGUUCAGGCUAUCAAGAACUAUGGCCCCGGCUAUUCUGAAGUCCCCGUCAAGCUCAAGUGGCCAAACGAUAUCUAUGCCGCAAACCCUGGAAGUGAGAUGGUUGGGUCCACUGAUGCCUAUCUAAAGAUUGGAGGUGUGAUUGUCAACUCCAACGUAUUCGACGGUCAGUACAUGCUUGUUGUGGGCUGUGGAGUCAACGUUACUAACAGUGCUCCUACCACAUCUCUUAACAUGCUAAUCAACUCCAUGAACGAAAAGAAUGGCACUACUCUGGAGCACUACCGAACCGAGGUGCUACUUGCCAAGUUCCUCGAGACCUUCGAGGCCAUGAUGGACGCAUUCAAGAACCAUGGCUUCUCCAUCUUCGAGCCUCUCUACUAUUCCAGCUGGCUUCACCAGGAUGCCCAGGUCAGAUUGGAGCAUUAUGGCAAUGUCAAGGCCACUGUGAAAGGAAUCAGUAUGGACCAGGGAAUGCUUCUGGUUCAGGAGGAGGGAUCUGGCCGUGUCAUUGAGCUUCAGCCCGAUGGAAACUCUUUCGAUAUGAUGAGAGGACUCCUUAAGCGUAAGGAGUGA